GUGGAAAUCUUUAAGUGAUAAAAAAAUGGCUCAAGCAAUGCAAUUCACUGCAAUUAACAUGGACACUUCUGUUCCUCCACCUCACAUUCCACCUCAAAUGCAAGAAACACCUCAAGAAAAGCAUAAUAUCCAGGCUAGUCCUCAGAUGAAUGCCACUCUUCAGGCCGCUCCUCAGGCUAGUCCUCAGACAAAUCUUCAAGAUACCUCUCAGACUAACGCUCCUUCUCAGAUUAACGCUCCUGUCAGUGUUAACGUAAAUCCUAAUAUUACUGUAAACGCUCCUGCUGCUCCUCCUCCUACAAAUGUUAUUUAA